AUUCUCUCUCCUCUCUCUCUGCUGUCAAUGGCAAACUAAUUUGAAGCUAAUCGUGAGGCAAAUAUGAAGGAGAAUCUGCAGUUGCAGAGGAAGAGGAUCUUAUUUUUUCCGUUGCCUUCCCUAUCCGUUUGAAUCUCUGUGUUCAUCAUUACAUAAGCCUUAACAGAAUGGUAAUCCUGUGUUAAUGAAGCAUAAGAAUCAGCAUCACCCACAUGAUACAUUCGUGUGUAUCAUCUCUGUAGAAAGGAUACUUUUCUAAGUUUUUUAAUUCUGUGGUGAACGCCAUGUAAGUAUACGUAAUUCAAAGCUGUACUUGAAGUACUCGGGAUUAUCAUCAUCAUUAGCACCCUCUUACUCUGCAAAUUUCUUCUUUGGGGUCAAAACCAGAGCCUUUUGGGUUUGUGAUGUUUUCAUAUUUUGCAAAAGCAUUCAGCCUUCUGCCAUAGUAUUAUUUAUGUACUGGCCCGAUCUUCACCGAUCUCCUUCACAAUCUGUACAGCUCGUUUCUGCAUUAUAGUCCCUGUGGGCCACCCAUAAUAGGUACAAAAAUAUACAAUAGCAUUUAAUUAAGUAAAAAACAGAGUUUACCAUACAUACCACUCGGGUAUGGAGUAAAAGCAGUCUAUAUAGACGCGUGAUAUUGUGUUAUUUGGGUUGGAUUGGAAACUCAGCUUAGCUUAUCAGAGGAAUAGAUCUGAGUUGUGGGGUUGUUAGCAAGGGGGGUGUUUUGAUGUGGGUCUGAAGUGAAUUGAAGUUUUUGUGAAGAAAUUUCAAGUGGGGGAAUGGUCGAUCUGAGGGCGGGCUUGCUGUUGUGACAAUGCAACAGUCUCCUCACAACAUGUUGGGGAACAUUAGUAUCAACAAUGGUAAUGGUGGAAAAGCUUUAAAUGAAGAUGAGUUGAAUGAUAGUUUUCCGGUGGGCAUGAGAGUCCUGGUCGUUGAUGAUGAUCCCAUUUGUUUACUUCUGUUGGAGAAAUUGCUUAAGCGCUGCCAGUAUAAUGUUACUUCAUGUGGGCAGGCAAGAACAGCUCUGAAGCUGUUGAGGGAAAACAAGGAUAAAUUUGACCUUGUGAUAAGUGACGUUUAUAUGCCUGACAUGGACGGGUUCAAGCUGCUGGAACUUGUGGGGCUUGAGAUGGACCUGCCUGUUAUCAUGAUGUCAGCAAAUGGUGAAACCAGCGCUGUAAUGAAGGGAAUAACACAUGGAGCUUGUGAUUAUCUGCUGAAGCCUGUCAGAUUUGAAGAGCUGAAAAAUAUAUGGCAGCAUGUAGUCAGGAAAAAGAAGACAGACACCAAAGAUCAUGACCUUGUAGGGCAGGGGGAUGAAAAUGAAAAGGGAAGGUGUGAGAUGGAGGAUGGAGAAUAUCCAUCCAGUGCUAACGAGGGAGCAGAUCGCAACUGGAAGCAUAACAGGAAGAGGAAGGAUCAAAAUGAUGAGGGAGACGAGGAUGAUGACAACGAACAUGACAAUGAAGAUCCUUCAACAUCAAAAAAACCAAGAGUUGUUUGGUCGGUUGAGUUACAUCAACAAUUUGUCAGUGCUGUUAAUUCAUUGGGAAUUGAUAAAGCUGUACCAAAAAGAAUACUGGAGCUUAUGAAUGUUCAAGGACUGACAAGAGAAAAUGUUGCAAGUCAUUUGCAGAAAUAUAGACUGUACUUGAAAAGGAUAAGUGCUGUUGCAUGUCAGCAAGGUGGCAUGGGCAAUUCGUUUGGAGGAGGCAGAGAUUCUUCAUUUGCUUCCCUUGGAGCUCUGGAUGGAUUUGGUGAAAUGCAAGCAUUUGCUCAAAAUGGUCAAUUGCCUGCUCAUGCACUUGCAUCAAUGAAUUCUGGAGUUUUGGGAAGAUUGAGUAAUUCAGUAGGAUUAGGAAUACCAGGUCUGAAUUCGUCUGGAAUGCUUCAGUUUACUUCUCUUCAAGGCCCCACCACUAAUAACAACAUUGGAAGAGCACAAAGAAUAGUACACCCUAUCAACAGUUCUAGCAAUUUGCUUUCUUGCUUGUCAUCUGGGCUCGAAGAAUUACAACAAAAGCAGCAGAUUUCUAGAAUUGGAGAUAUAACUGCAGUCAUGGAUGAUUCUGCAAGAUUUAACCCAAUGCAGCAGCUGUCUGUUACAAAUAAUCUUCCUCUUGCCUUCGGCAAUGGUAGUGCCAAUGUCACUAUGAAUCCAACAAAUACUCAUGCUAUGAUGUUGCAAGUAAUGCAACAUCACCAACAGAAGCAUAGCAGAGGGUUGUCCACCUUACCUAUUGCGGGAAUUGUUGGUCAAAAAUCUGGGGUAGCUGAUAGCGGCACUGGAGUGUCUUCUCAGGUACCUAGCACUAGUGGACUUAAUGAAAAUUGGGGCAACAGUGCAGCAUUUUCAGGGUUGUCAGCAAAUACUAGGCCAGUUGGUAGUCCUCUUGGUAGUACAAGUUCUUCCAUUUCAAAUUUCAGAGAAAAUCUUAUAGGAGUUUCCAGCAGUGAUUGUAAGACAAUGGAUGUUCCUAUCACCCCUGUCAACACUCUUGCAGGAUUGAACUCACAAAAUCUUGGCCCAAGAAAAGAUCUCUCUCUGUCAUCUGGUAGUGCAAUGGGUACUAACAUGGGGAACAUAAGUGAAGUUGCGCCAUCAAGACAGAAGCUUCCAGUGCUAAGUGAUAUGAUUCCUGGAGUUAUACCUGGUUUAAAUCAGGUCAUAAAACAAGAGUGGCAAACUAGUAACAAAGGAAUUGGGCCUAGUGCUAACCCUUUGUUGAGACCCCAGUUUGGCCAGACAUCUGUUUUGAAUCAGAAAUUCGUGGGAAGGCCUGGUGCUCAAUUCCAGGGACAGAAUACUGGAUUUUGUGAGCCAAAGAUGAAUGUGUCUGUCAGAUCACCAGUAAACUCCUUUAUUCCUAUGUUUGGUGGGCAAUGUGAUAAUGGGCAGUCUAGUGCAGACAGUCAAAUGAAAUUGAGGAAAGAUUAUACAAUUGAUCAAGCGAACAAUGGCUAUAUGCCAGAAAACUAUAAUUCUACAAAUGAUCUCAUGGACAUAUUCUUUAAACAACAGCAAGAACCAGUUGGUUUUACUAAUGGGAAUGUAGGACGUGAUGGAUACCCUCUCCAAACCAGUCUGUGAAGUGGGUUUUCAUUUUGUUGGUAAAGAUGUAUAUAAGCAUCUCGAACAUAGCUGAGGCCUGGUGGGCAACCAAGGUGGAUUAUUGUGGUGUGAGCCCUCUGAAGAGCACCUAUUAAUCUUGGGUUCCAUCAUUACUCCUGAAAAUCGGAGGUUGUACAAUUUGUAGUUUUUCUUACAUAUGGGUAUCCCUGAUGCAUGCUGAGCCACUGCGUCUCUUUGCUUCAAGGUAAAUAUUUGCCUUCAUGGCUUGAUAUGCUUGCAGAGAAGAAGCAAUGGGAAUGAUAGUUGCAGGAAGAAAGGAUGUUAUGAAAAUAGGCACUCAUCAUAUUGACUAAAGACCAUCUGGAAUCUGACCAAGCUAACUGUGUUUCUUAAUAAAUUCAAAGUUGCAAGAGAAACUAGUUCAUUGCCAUCUGCCUCAGUGGGUGCUAAGCUUUUGAUAUAAAGUCUAAUGUAGUGCAUCUAGAAUGCUUUACUUAGGAAUCUCAUGUUUUAUGUAGUUUGAAUUGUUAGUGUGGAUAGAAAUAACAAAAUACAGUACAUUAAUUUUAACAUCCCAUUUAGUUGCCUUGCUGUUGGUGUAGAAGUCAGAUUUUGUUGAAGACAGUAAUGCCCCCAAUGGCCAUUUCUGAUUGGUGAUCUGUAAUUUCACACCUUGAGGUUUGAAAACAUUCUCUGCUUGGAAGAAAGUUGUCACUGGAUGCAAUAACUUGUAACCUCUUUGUCUCUUUCCGUAGAAUAAUGGAAGGACAUUUCUUUCUUCUUCCACAAAA